CUGGCCUCCGCUCCGACUCCUCUCCUCCUACCGUCGUUCGAUACCCGUCGCCGCCACAGCUUCCCAUCCCACACGACUCUCUCCCCGUGCACCGCCAUCUACCCUCCACCCCGUCACCCCUCCGUCGCACAGUCCUCGUGGUCCCUCCCCAUAGAACACUCCAACAAUUCACGCCUCUACCUCCUCCCUAACUUUGUCCCAACCAAAUGUCGCGCGCCGCCCACGCCGCCCAGCCCAUGUACGCCGGCGGGCCCCCCAGGCAACCUCAAGCGCAGCACCAACAACAGCAGAGGAGAAAUUUCCAGGUCAUGCCCCAGACCGCGUCCGCGCCGCCACAGCCGACGAGUCGUGUCGCAGACCCCUUCUACGGCCACGAAACCGUCGCUCGCCUGUCCGCGCGGUUCAUUCACCACUUGUUCCAAUGUCCGGAGCUACCGACUGUCACCGCGGACCCCUCACAACCAUCCAAUGCCACCAACGCCGCUCGCAACCCGCAAGCGAAGCUGCCGCAGUUCAUCGCUUAUGCGCUUCACCGUACGAAGCUGCAUCAGUCGGUGACCUUCGCCGCACUCGUUCUGCUGCAGCGGUUGAAGGCGCGCUUCCCCACUGCACGGGGCUCUUCGGGGCACCGAUUGUUCAUCUCUGCCUUCAUGAUCGCGUCGAAGGUUAUGUGCGACGACACAUAUUCGAACAAGUCCUGGUCCGUCGUGGCCCAAGGCCUGUUCAACCUUCGCGAGAUCAACCAGAUGGAGCGCGAGAUGUGCGGCUACCUCGACUGGGAACUCGUCGUCGACGGCGAAAUUCUACAGUGGUUCGAGGAGCGGGUCCGGAAGGACUUCGGGCAGCACCAGGAGAGCUACCCGAAUUAUCGACUCAUGGAGGUUUCGCGCCGGGCGCGGAAGUUCGCUGCGUCGACAUCUUCGACCCCCGUCCCAGAACCGAAUCACUCGCAAUCCCCUAUCGCUCUCGGCAACCGUCACGGCACGCCGACGAAGCCCCCGCCGACAAGCACGACGCCGCGGUCCAGGGGAAACUCGGCCUCUCACGCAAGCUCACCCGCUACGCCCGAGACGCCGUCACCCUCCUUCUCGCAUUCGACGUCGCCGGCGUCUUCUGCAUCGCCGCCCACGCCGGACGGUGGCCAGUUGUACGUCAACGUCGCUGGGUCGCCAAGUCUGUCGCUCGCGAAGGCCGCGGACCGCGCUAUCGCCCGCGAAAAAAUGUUCGCCAUGGCUAUGCCGGCUGCAUGGUAGAGUGCCAUCACCGACGCAUCGGCCUAUGUCCCCCCUGCGCUCCGUCCAUUCUCUAUACAUUCUGCUCUACAUUUCCUCCUCGUCUCAUGGCAUUAUCCGCAUCAUCCACGCAACUUGUAACAACAUAGUCAUAUAGCACACCUAUCCCGGACUUUUUUUUCAGCACGUCACCCAUCCCCCACCUACAGGGGCCAGCAGAUACCCAACCAGCUACAUAUAUCCCACGCACCCCAGCAUUCGACGACGGUCGACGGUCAAUACUUAUUAAUGCGCGAAGUGGUGACAAUGUAUUGGCUAGGUUUCUUCUCUUGCAUAUGCACUGCACCGAGAUGAACUUGUAACUAACAAAGCACACGUAUUUACUCGUCUUUAUUCUCCGUCUCCUUUCACUCGUUCUCGUUAUGUUUUCACGCACUCUUACGGCAAUGUCAUACAAAAGUCUUCUACCCU